AUGGCACGUACAAAGACAGUACGUGCUCCCACAACCUCCAGUCUCCCCGACAGUCUCCGUAUUCCCUCGACCACCCCGUCUCUCGUGAAGAUCUUCGGCAAAUUAUCUCGACCAGCUCUACUAGACCUUGUCUUGGAAUGGCUUGAUGAUCGCAAUGCACACCUAUUCUUACCAUAUCUCGAUCACGAUCAGGAGGGAGCCUCUGAUGAUGAUGACAAAAUCAACCCGUAUCCCGUGGCCCAGACCGUGGACGAGGUCAGGAGCACGUAUCGAGAUCUGCGGGAUAGAAAGGGCGCGAAACGCGAAGUCAUCGAUCGCAUACUAGAUGGUGACUGGCGACAUGGGAUUACACUCCGACAGCUUGCGAUGGUUGAUAUGUGUCAUAUGGAGGAGCAUCCGUCACGUCUGCGCUGGACAGCGUUGGAGCUUACUCGCAUCGGCUUGGGCAAGGACGGGACAUCAACGACGAUGGGAGAUCGAUAUGGCGAUGGAGAUUUGGCCGGUUGUCUCCCUCGCAUUCAUGCUGCGACCUUCCUCAAAAAUCUUCAGCGGGAAGUAUCUCCAUUGGUGAAAGCGCAUUACUAUUUCUCUCGCUCUGCUUCGCUGCCGCUCAUCUUUCUCCGUAUAUUCGUCACCGAUUCUCCGUACCAGUAUCCGCGUCAGUCAGCCGAAUCGUUCACGGAUUCGUCUAGGAUCAUUUAUAUUGCUUUUCCAGACAGCUGUCCGUUCAUUUAUACCUCUUUUGCAUCAUCGGUGGUACCUAAGACUACUUCCUCUAAAAUGAUGGAUGGGCGCAGUCUCAGAGGCAUCGUGGCGGACGCUAUUCCGAAGGCUCUAUCGAGACCUCACGAGAGAUACACACUUGAGGCAACGGCGCUCACGGCGAAGAGUUUACCUGCUCUCCUUGCGCUGCGCGGUCCGGGACGAUCAAACUCCUCAAAUGGGGCAUUCAGCAUCUUUGCCGAUGCGGUCGUAGAAGGAAGCCCAUUGGACCCAAGACCUUCCAACACGGUUUCCCCGGAGGAAUAUUACAUGAAUGGACAAUCUAUAACACCAUCCAUCUACAGUGGCCGAAAGCCCCAAGCGAUCCCCGACGAUUCAUCUUCCGUAGGAGACGGAAACUAUCAGCUGUCAAAAUCAACAAACAAACCCAACUCACGUCCCGCAGAAUCCAAUGCUGGAUUAGACCCCGUCUCCAAAAGGCGUAAACUAACCAUUCAGUCGCGCUUUGGCACCACCGGAACCCUAUCUUCGGCACCGUUGGACCGCCUCGAUAUCAAGAUGCUCGAUCCCCCAACCAGCCAAGAGAAUGAAGGUAGCGAAAGCAAAACUGAGAAUGCAUUCCCUCAGCCUACCCUAACUCUUACCUUUGCGGGUACUGAUGUCAUUAGCGGGAUCCGUCAACUCGCAGAACUGGGCAUCGUCGACCCCGAACGUAUGCCGUCCUGGAUGACGGGUGAAGAAGGGGUGAGCGUCGCUUCCAUCCGUCGAGGGAAGAGGGUUGUCAGGGAUGGUGGAUGA